AAACAGAGAAACCUAGUAAGAAUGGGUCUCCUUGUGGUGCUGCUUUACUGUAGCCUGGUCUCUGGUGUCUUUGGAAAUGAAGUCUAUAUGCAGGGGGGUGUUCUAACUUUCACACCCAAGGGAAAUAAUCUAGAUGGAACAAUCAGGGUGGACUUCCAUUACAAAAAGUCAUACCUCUACCCUGAGUCAUGCUCACCAACGUUUUCCUGGGGUUGCCAUAAUGGAGACUGUGGUACAAUAACCACUUCUGAAUAUGGAGUCAUGGAUCCUGACCCCUCUGGAGUCUCCUGUCAGUUAGAGGGUGUCAUUACAAGAAGCCUACCAAGUGAUAAACCUUUCGACAUGUUAGAUCAAGGUUGUUGUUGGACCUACAAUACAGAAGAUCUUGUUUCAUGGAGCAUGAUAGCUCAUGUAGAUCUGGGAAGAAGAUCAGACACUGGAUUCCCCAACAGAUCCCCUAUAACAACAAUGCCUCCACAAAUCAGGGUCCCCCAAAACUGUCCUACAACUUUCCUUUUGGCACAUGACCCCGAUGGUGAUAAUGUAAGAUGUCGAUAUGGAACUAGAAACAAUUUGGAGUGUAGCACCUGCAAAACAGUUCCAGACUUUACCCUAGAUGAGAAUGCCUGCAUUUUAUCAUUUUCUGGUUCCUCAUCAUCUGGAGUACACAUGUUUGAACUUGUACUGGAAGAUUUUCCAAGGCAAAAUACAACAUUAAAAUAUCAUGAUGGGACAUCAACCGUCAAAUACCCACUGUCCCAAGAUGCAUCUGAUCCUUUGAGCAAAAUACCUCUUCAAUUUCUAGUUAUAGUUGAUGGGGCAGCGCCAUCCUGUGUUUUGGGGGAAUACAUACCAAAGUAUAUAACUCCAACUGUUCACCAUGGCGCCUUGGUAAAGACAUCAUUUGGUAAAGAAUUUUCUUUUCCUAUCUCCGCAGUAUCAACAAAAUCAGUGAUAAAGGACAUUGAGAUCAGUGGGCCCCUAAACAUAGAAAGAACAUUUCAGUACGAUAAUGUCACUGGAGUUGGCAAAGCAAUGAUUAAGUGGACCCCAACUGUGAAUGACAUAGGAGAUUACAUUCCCAUAUGUUUUAUUGCACAGACUACAACUCAGUAUCAGUCUGAACUGAGAUGCAUAAUAGUAGUGAUUGAAGAAAGCCAAAGUGAAUCGGAUGUUGAAUGCACUGACACAACAAUGACUCUGUAUGUUUCCAAGUCUUCAGUAAGAGGAUUUAAUGAAACAAAUUUACGUCUAAAUGACCCUUCAUGUUCGGUGACAACUAAUGGCUCUCACUUUAUAGCAAGUGUGUCUCUGAACUCGUGUGGAACGCAGGUUGAGGAAACUGUGGAUGAAAUCAUUUUCAAAAAUGAAAUGACAUCAUUUGAUCAACCUCAAGAUGUCAUAACCAGAGAGCAUCAGUUCAAGAUACUGUUCAUUUGCAAAUUCCCCAAAAACAGUCGACUCUCAGUCUCCUUCGAAGCACAAAAGAGUGACUAUUUGUUCACAGAAGCCCUUUUUGGCAACUUUACCUAUUUGUUUCAGUUUUAUGACAACAGUGCUUUCACAACAGUGAUCAAUCCAAACACUCACAUAAAGGUGAAGCUAAAGGACAUGAUAUACAUGGGCAUCAGCGUGCAGUCGUCUCUGUCCAGCAUUCGCCUGUUUGUGGAGUCCUGCAGAGCCACUCCUCAUGAUAAUCCCAACGAUCCCAUCUAUUAUGACAUCAUUAGCAAUGGGUGCAUUAAAGCUCAAACAACAAAGGUCUAUUCAGGCAGUCUAAAAGAAUUCAGAUUUGGACUGGAGGCCUUCAGUUUCAUUGGCGACUAUGAACAGGUGUACAUCACCUGCACAGUCCUCCUGUGUGGAGCUGGGGAUCCCAAAAACAGGUGUGCCCAGGGCUGCACCAACAGCAGCUCCAGCCGACGCAGGAGAUCACUGGUUUCAGAGACCCAGAGAUAUUUCAUAUCCCAGGGGCCUUUGCGUCUUGCUAGGACCUCUUCAGGCAGCCCAGGUUCCAAUCUGAAUCUGAACACUCAGGUCGUCUCUUUUGCUUUUAUUGUGGCCAUUGUCCUGGUUGCUUGAACUGUGAUCUACAAAGCAAAAGUGUCCUGAGAUGUCAAGUAUAAAAUCCUACCUUCUGCUGAGCUCUAACAUGGUUUUUGAAUACGCCUUACCGGACUGAAGCAUUUGGAAGUAAAAAAUACAGUUGGGGUAUUUUAGUGGGAAUAUAAAAUAUGUAUAACUCCUAAUAGGUUGGUUAUUUGCAUAAUGAUUCUAGGUGUAAUAAGUGUUUUUUCACAUGGUGAAAUGGUCUUUUAGCCCUAAUGAACUACAGGGUUUGUGAUGGUUGUAAUUCUAGUUUCUCACAGCUGCAAGAAGGUAUGCAUUGACUGAAGCAUCAGAAACAAAUGAAGUCUGGGCUGCAUAGCAGAUAUUACAAAAUAUGUGUACAGGGUUAAAGUCAGGUUGCUUAGCUGCACCCUAUAAAAAUACCUCACUUGUUUACAUUUUGUGCAUUUUCAUUGUAUUAAUGUUACACCAACUGCAUCCUGUAAUUGCAAUUCGAUACAUAUAUGAUUGUUAUUCACAUGCCUGUUUGUAUCUGUUUUUGUACGUCUGAGGUGGGUUUUUGUGAUAAUAACACUAAUAUAAUUGACAAUGCAGUUUGUACUUCAAAUCAAUAAUAUAUUAAAAGUUAGCAGAUAUUUUCAAAUGAGUCCUAUAUGUAAACAUCCCAUUCAAUUCAAUUAACUUCAAUAAUUCAAUCAAGUAGCAUAUUUUUCAUAUGUAAUCAUUAGAAUUACUCUUUGACCAACAGAGGGUCACAUUCCAUCUCCACAUUCAACCCUAUUUGAAGAUAGCUGUUUGCUGGAAUCUAGAAUCUUAGAAAUGUAUUACCAUGUAUAAUGACUAAUACUAUUGACACCGACAUUGUAUAGCAAGCUGGUUGUACUCAAUUUGUUUACCACUUCAUGCAGACCACAAAGUAUGAGACAGCACAAUCAUUUGUUUAACAGAAUGUGUCAGCAGUAGUGUUAAAAGAGAAGGGUGCAGAGUAUAAAAGAACAGUAGAUUUAUCAAGCAAAUAACAUAUAUUAAUAAAGAUAUUUCAUUAA